AUGUCAGCAAAUUCACAAAAAAUUACAACCAGGUGCCAUGCUAUUGAUACUAUUUUGCAAGGUGGAAUAAGUGUUGGUGAAGUGACUGAAUUAUGCGGGGAUAAUACGACAGGUAAAACACAACUUUGCCUUCAAACUAGUAUUGCAUGUCAGUUACUCCCUUCAUUGGGUGGAAUGUUCGGGGCAACCAUUUAUAUACACUCAAUUGGACCAUUUCCAAUUCGUAGGUUGACAUCUUUAAUACCCUUCAUUUUAGAAACCUCUCUUGAUGUCAAUGACAAACCCUGUGAUCAUAUAACAACCAAACAGGUUGAAUCACCAUAUGAGUUACCUGACGUACUUGAUUGGGUUGUAAAGUUGGUUAAACAGUCGCACAACACGUGCAGGCAUGUGAGGUUAGUUGUUAUCGAUUCAAUUGCAAGUAUUUGUACUAGCCAUUUCGAGAACACGGCGGUAGGGUUAGAGUCACGGACACAGUUGCUACGUGCUAUUGGAUAUGGUUUGAAGUCCAUUGCAUCCAAAUACAACCUUGCCGUCCUAGUGGUCAAUAAUGUUGUUGAUGUUUUUCCAAGUGAUUCCGAUUCUUCUACGCAUUUCAUGAUGUCAUCUGGAAGGAAGGUUCGCCCAGCUUUGGGUAAUGUAUGGACUCGGGAUAUAGGAACGAGGUUAUUCUUAUCCAAAUCAAUUAAUCCCUCAGACCAAACUUGUGGCAGAUUGUUAAGUGUCCUAUUAUCAUCUACGCUUGAGUUAGAUGUUUGUAGAUUUAAAAUUACCGAGAAGGGCGUUGUUGAUGCAUGA